GCGAGUCACAUGACUGUUUUCCUGCCAAAGCAUAGCAGUAUAUUGCAAGACGAGCUAGCUGACAAGCUAUCCAACAAUUCAAUCUAUUAGACAAUGUUUUUCCCUCCGUUAUUCAGCGCGUCCAGUUAACAGUUCGCCGAAUGUGUGGUGUGUGGUGUGUUUAUAUGAGUCAUGCGCUGUCGGCUUCUCUCGGUUUUAUAAAGAGGUUCUCGUGUACUUAAUCACAUCUGUGGUGACUUAGCUAGCAUCACAGGCUAGCGAGCUGUGUUAGCGUCUGAGGCUCGUUGCUAGUGACUAUGCAAGGGGAAACAGCGGCUAUUCGAAUCACGGACAACGAAGGAAAGCUGGAUGUGUUUCCCCAAAACAGGACCCCGAGCUCGGGGAGAGCAAGUGCCAAAAGCUGGCAGUACAGUGACCACAUGGAGAAUAUUGAUGGCUACUUGAUGAAGUACACCAACCUGGUAACAGGGUGGCAAUACAGGUUCUUUGUCUUAAACAAUGAGGCUGGCUUGUUGGAGUACUUUGUCAAUGAGCAGUCACGCCCCCAGAAGCCCCGUGGCAUGCUCCCCCUGGCUGGGGCUGUCAUUUCUCCCAGUGAUGAGGAUUCACAUACCUUCACUGUAAACGCCAUCAGCGGGGAGCAGUACAAGCUCAGGGCUACCGAUGCCAAAGAGAGGCAGCACUGGGUGAGCAGACUGCAGAUCUGCACACAGCACCACACAGAGGCCAUGGGGAAGAGUAAUCCGCCACCUAAGUCCCGGAGUUACUCUAUGGCAUCGCAAGGCAGCGGCAGCUCCCCCAUGUCCCUACGGCGGCCCAGCCAGAACCCAGCCUCCUUAUUCAGCUGGUCACAGGUCCACAAGGGCUCUUCACUCUACUCAAGCAAGAGGUCACUGUUGCCAGACCACCUGCUGGACGCCAGAGAGAUGAUGAGCCAGGCCCAAGGACAGCACAGAGACCUGAUCCAGAGCAUCGAGGGCCUGCCCGCAGCCCCUGGCCUGUCCCCCUUAGACCAAGACCUGCUAAUGCUCAAGGCCACAUCUAUGGCCACCAUGACCUGCCUGAACGAGUGCUUGCACAUCCUCCACCUACAGCAGGUGGCCCGGCAGAGGGGCUCGCUGGGAGGGCCCACGAUCGAGUGGCUGGAGCCCAAACUGCCCGACAUCCUGAAGAACGGCAGCAGCUCCCUUGGCAGCUUCACCACAGGGGAGGGUCCGCUGGAGGGGGGACGCCUGGAGCUCAGUACCCCAGAGUCCUGCAGCUUCUCGGGGGAACAGGAAGACAUAGAUGCAGAGGAUGAGCUGGAGGACAACUUCACAGACAAGGAGGAGGACCUGGGUGCUGUGGAAGAGGAGCGCAGCGUCAUCCUACACCUGUUGUCCCAGCUGAAGCUGGGCAUGGACCUCACACGGGUGGUCCUCCCAACCUUCAUCCUAGAGAAGCGCUCUCUGCUGGAGAUGUACGCUGACUUCAUGUCCCACCCGGACCUCUUUGUAAUCAUCACCGACGGCAGCAGCCCAGAGGACCGCAUGGUCCGCUUUGUGGAGUACUACCUCACCUCCUUCCACGAGGGCCGUAAGGGGGCCAUCGCCAAGAAGCCCUACAACCCCAUCAUAGGCGAGACUUUCCACUGCUCCUGGAGGGUGCCCAAGAGGCCCGAGGCCUCCAGAGAGCCCACGCAGGGUACCCCAGACCCAACCACCCCCCCGGAUUCUUACCAAGUGCGCUUUGUUGCAGAGCAGGUGUCUCACCACCCCCCUGUGUCCGGCUUCUAUGCCGAAUGCCAGGAGAGGCGGAUGUGUGUGAACACGCACGUGUGGACCAAGAGCAAGUUCAUGGGCAUGUCCAUUGGAGUGUCCAUGAUAGGAGAAGGUUGUCUGUAUUUAAUGGAGCAUGAUGAAGAAUACACGUUCACGCUGCCAUGUGCGUACGCCCGCUCCAUCCUCACCGUGCCGUGGGUGGAGCUGGGUGGGAAGGUCAACAUCAGCUGCACCAAGACGGGCUACUCAGCCGUCAUCACCUUCCAGACCAAACCUUUUUAUGGAGGCAAACUGCACAAGGUAACAGCGGAGGUGAAGCACAACCCCACCAACGCGGUGGUGUGUCGUGUUCAGGGCGAGUGGAAUGGCGCCCUGGAGUUCAGCUACCCCAGUGGAGAAACCAGGGUCGUGGACGUCACCAAGCUGCCGGUGACGAGGAAGCUCGUCCGACCCAUCGAGAAACAAGGACCGACUGAGUCCAGACGCCUGUGGCAGCAUGUGACAGAGUCUUUGCGGCAGAAGGACAUAGAAAAAGCCACGGAGCACAAGAGGAUCCUGGAGGAGAGGCAGAGGACGGAGGAGAGACACCGCGCUGAGACGGAAACCCCAUGGAGGACCAGAUAUUUUGAGAGGGAGGGCGACGGCUGGGUCUACCACAAACCACUUUGGAAAAACUCUGCUUUCAAAUCCUAGUUUCUUCAGUCUGUUUUCCCGGAUGUCGAUAUUGUAGAUUCAGGAAACGAGCGCGAGUGUGUGUGUGUGUGCGGUUCUGAAAUGAGACGUGCACUGACCUAAAGCUGAGACACGGAGACGGACAGACGGACAGACAGCAUGACUGAAAGUGUUCUCCACUCUCACUCAUGACGUUCACAAAGCCUCCAAGUACAAGCUUUUGUACUGCAGAUCAGUUUUUUUAUAAUCCAAUGUCAAACAUAUGAAACCAUACUCAUGCAGGUGAUGGUACUCUAUUUACUCAGCCUUAACGUAGUCUGAUGAAUGAUGCUCUCAGUUUGGGUUCUGCUGAUCAACCUGGAUAUGGGUCUGUUUUAAUGGUUCUUUUCUCCAUCUUAUUUUCAUGCUGUAGUAUCGCAAUAGGGUCACACGAUUCUCCUUCCGAAAUGAAUUUUAAAUGAAGCCCAGUAAUUAAAAUACUGCCUGAUAAACCCUGUGGCGUGAACCAGAUGUGAAUUGGAUGUGUUUUUUUUAUGUGUUGGAUCCUUAAAUUGAAGCCACGUCUGCUGUUACUGAGGAUGUUUUAUUCACACACUAAUUAUCAUCACAUUAAGGCAAUACUUCUAAAAUGUAAUCAGAUCACAGUAAGCAACUGCUCUUUUUGAAUAGUUUAGCAGAUAGAAAUAUCCGCUUAUUUGGGUGACACGACCAUGUUAAAAUUUUGUUCUUUUUAGUGUUAUAGAUUCAUGUUUUUUUUAUCUUUCUACAUGAACUCAAGUUAAAACUGAAUUCAUAAUCUUUACAAUGACAAAACAUCAAUUGGAAAAUUUAAAAAAAUCCUUUUAUUACUGUGUUUACUUAUAAUUGUAAUUAUUACAUUAUGAACUGGCUCUUAUACCUACAUGCACAUUUACAGCUGGAGAUCAGAGGUUUUAUUUUGGAUAUGAUGGCUCUUUACUAGCUGUUGUUCCAUUUCCUGCAUCCAUUACAUCGCAUGAAAGAAACAAGUGACUGAUAUAGAAUUUUAUUUGCAGCAGUAAAUGGCAAAAAGGGAUAAAAAUCGCAUAUUGCUACCAAAAUGGUGGGUUUUUGUUGGGAUUUCACGGUUCAGCCUGAUGCAUUUGCUUACCAAAUUUGAUCACAAACUGUGCAUCACUAUGGCAACACCUUUAAACCAUUUUCAUAACUUUUAAUUGCAGAGAUCUUAAUAUGAAAAUAACCAAAUUUGAAGAUGCUCAUCAUAUUUUUAAGUAUUACAGCUGCAAAAAUGGGGCAAAAAUGAUAUUUUCCAACUAAAAUCAUGGUCUUCCUGUUGGAUGUAGAGUCAGUGACACUUGGAUUACAAGUGGAGAAACAUGCUCACAAUACAAGUGAAGAAACAGAUUAUUAUGAAUUAUGAAAAAAAUCAAGAUUAAUGCUUCCUCUGGAGACCUUUCUUGCUCAAGGAAAAUCCAAAAUGCAGUCAUUCAUAUUGUUCACUUUAUGACCAGGCCCUAUUGAACAGUUCUACUCAAAACGGAAGCGCCUCCCAAUUCAAGUAAAAGUUCUUCCUGUCAUUAUCUUUCCUCUACAGCUGAUUCAUUUUAAUUAUUGUUGCCUUAAUGUGGAUCAUAUCCGAUUAGUGCAGCACGUGCAUUUAGCUCAAAAUUCUCCAAACUGAAUUCCUUUUUAAUGUAAUAUUAAUAUGACACAUUGACUAAGUCACCCUGUUGGUCGGCAUAUAUUAGACCAGCUGAUAAAUAACUCUAUUUUAAAGAAUGACAUAUAAUUGACCAGUUUCUGCGUGAUUGCUCAUACUGAAGAAUGCUAUUCCACUUUGUUUGCUCUACAGUUCUGCAGUGGAUGAAAAAUCCUUAAAUGCAUGCUAUCAAUCUGUGUACUCCACCUUUAUAAAAAUGUCGGUUGUGAAAGCUCUUAACCAAAUUAGCUUGUUUUAUAACGCGAAUAAAUCUUAUUUUCUUCAAAUGUGUGUUUAUCCCCUAUCUUGCGCUUUAAUUGCUCUUAUUUUUAGAGCCACUUUUUGUAUAGAGAUUGAAAUGUUAUGUUCCAUCAGUGUUGCUUUCGUUUUCCUCUAUACUGUGAUGUACAUGUUUUUUAACCCCCUUAAUUGAAUUUUUUUUUCUCACUCAAAGAAUCCCACUAUGUGUUUCGUGCAGAAAGACGAAAUCCACCCUGCGAUCGAUAAGCUACUCCCUCCACGUCUCGGUGCCUUAUGCAAACUCUUUCUGUGUGUGUCUUCUAGCUAAGGAGCACAGCUGUUUCAUCAGAAUUCUACCUGACCGAUGCAAUGGUGUAUGUAUUAUUUGUGUGCGUUUGAUUUUUUGUUUCUUCAGUGCUUGAGAGAGUAAGCACUUUUAUCCUAGGUUUUGACAUUCUCUUGGUUUUGAGUUAUCUGGUUGUCUUGCUGACCUAUGAAAUGCACUGACAUUGAAGGAAACCUGAUGUUGCAGAAAAAAUGUGUGAAAAUAAUCAAAUAAAUUGCGUAUCACUUGUAA